AUGGAUCAGCAGGGCGCCAUGAGCUCCCAGGAUCAGCAAAACUUGGCAGCCAUGAUGUGGCAAAUGUCGAUGACAUCUCCUAUGCCGCCGGUUCCAGGUAUGCCCAGUAUGCCAAUGUGGCCCAAUCCACCACCUAUGGUUUCUCCUUGGUUGACCGUGAGGGUUGACGGCCUGAAGUUCGAGUAUCAGCUUACCGAGGAUGAUGUUCGGAAGGUCUUUUCGCGCUAUGGCGAAGUCGUCACGGUGAAGAUGGACAGAGAGGGAACUACGUCACAGGUCCAGUUUGCGCAACCCCACCAAGCAAUGGCCGCGCAGCACGACCUUGACAAGAAGCAGCUCCAAGGCAUGUCUGGAGCUUUUCUCACGGUCGAGUUUGCGUAUCCUCAAGGAUACACCGCAGUUCCUCCCUCUGCCGAUCCGGGCUUGCUGCAGCACAUGGCUGCGUCGAAUCCGUUUAUGAAUCCAAUGAUGCCUGGCAGUGGCUACCCAGUGGCUCCUGCUCCAACGCCUUCAAGCCCAACCCCCUCUCCUGGAGGCCAGCCGAAGAAGUUUACAUGCAAACUGGAGGUGGGAAUCGAAAACGAGGGUGAGUUCCGUGUGGGCAGCCGGGUCAUCCAGAUCGCGCGUGCAAUCUGGCAGGACCCCAAAUUUCAAGAGCAUGGAGGCAAGACGCGACUCCGUGGAAAGGGCAUCGGUGGUCCACAUGAAGGGGACGAACCACUGGCACUCUGUAUCUCCUGCCGAGACCAAACCGCCUUUGACAAGGCUGUCCAGUAUGCCGAAACACAGCUGCAGAAGGUGCAUUCGGACUACAAGGCGUUUUGUCAACAGCACGGCAAACCCGUUCCGGAUUUGGAGGUCAAGAUAUCCAAGAAAGGCACGUUUGGACCAGAGGUCACCAAAAGCGUCCAGCCGAUGAAUCGCGGCGAACGUCCGGCUGGAGCCCCUACAGACGAGGAGAUUGAGCGCCUGAUAGAAGAGCGCAAUGAUGCUCGGAAGGCAGCCAAUUUCAAGAAGGCUGAUGAAGUCCGCGAGCACCUCAAAUCACGAGGAGUCGUGCUCAUGGACGAGAAAGGGGCCAAAGGAACCUUCAAAGGCAGCGAAGUGACGAAGUGGCGAUUUUGGAAAAAGUGUUCGGCAGUCGUCUCCGUGGCCAUCGUCGCCUGUGUUGCACAUGGCUUCGAAGUAUUUUCCGAGCAGCAACUUCUGGUUCUCAACGACCCCACUCGGGUGAUUGACUUCAACAACUCGGAGUAUGGCUCGACCCACGUGGACGAUUAUUGGGCGAAAAUCGACCUCAACUACAGCCCUUUGGAAGGCUGGAACCUGUUCCGGCACGUGCGCAUCGGAUGCUUCCUGGUGCAGUGGGCAAGCUCACUAGCAUAUGCCGAGCGUGUCGGCGAGACGCUGACUGCGACGGAGUGUGUGCAGUUCUGCAACGGGACCCAGGCAUAUCUUCGGCUGCCCUUAUGCCGGUGUGGUUUAGAUGAGACCGCGCUGCCAAUGAUCGAGGUGCAGGGCGAGUGCACUACAACAGCUUGGGAGGUGUACAGGCAGUUUGACUACCGGUCGUCUAUGUCGCCAUCCACAUACGAUGUCACCCGCCGGCUUCUGUACUCCAUUGUCACAAUACGGCUGCCAUCGCCGGCCGAUCCUCCGCUUCGGAACUACAUUCAUGCCGUGAACCCUCUGGAGUCCCGCCCGCAAUUCGAUUAUGACACCCGCCUGGAUCGCAUGGUCUUCAACGCGGUUUGGGACUUUGGCAAGAGUCGCAUGGUGGCCUUGUCUUUGUCCGAUUGGGGCGGAACUUUGGACCUGACAGUGGCACUUUGGCACUCAGGCACAUCUGGACUUGAAGUGCAACAGAGCCAUUUUCCGAUUGAGGACCAAAUAGUGGCGAACGGUGAGCUGGUUCGUGACGGGCUGGCAUCGGUUGAGGGGCUGGGCACAGUUGACGUCUUGUUUGGCACGUACUACACGGUGGUUCCAGCAGCUUGGAUUUCCUCCACACAGGUCGUGCAUGUUGUCGUGGCCAUAGACAUAGACAUGAAGCGUGUCUUGACGAGCGAGGUGAUGCCAGUGACGUUAAUGAAUCUUCAGAUGAAUUCCCUUACGCACGAGUUGUACGGUGCAGGUGCGGACUUGAAUGACCAGUAUGCCUACUAUCAUCUGUGUACAGCUGCCAACUUGACGCAAACUUUUGGCGGAGUUACGACUGUUCAAGUCUUCGUUAGUUGCACGUUGGCAGAGCUGGGGGGCUUGCCUUCAGAGGUCAACUACAUGUACCUGCAGUCGGCUGCCAUUGAUCACCAGUUCAACUUUGCUUGGUUCACAUUCAAGGAGGAGCCCACAGGUACUCCAAGGAUCUUGGAGUACCAGCAUAACAGCAAAGACUACCUGCUUUGGCCACAGGAGACGCUACCCGACAAUGCUGUCUUUUCCUCGCUGAUCCAGACUGCUCCCAGGAUCAUUUUCGCGCUGUACCCUCCAGCUCUGCAGUAUGCCAGGUUCAAUUCCGCUGGCACAAAGCUCUUCUUGUCUUUCGAUGUUGCUACGUUGCGUGGUGCUGUCCCCAUUGACACGAAUGGAGACGACAUACCCGAUUUCUACAACGAGGCUGACAAGGCUACGCGCGGACCCUGCGAGGAUUUCAUCGACCGGUUCACCAUGAUACUGAUUCCGGGGAGCAUGUGCCAAUGGAUCACAGAUGCGGACUUCUAUGUUGAGAUUCAACUUGCGUCAACGAUUUCUCCAGGAGAUCUUGCACGGAUCAAGCCAGGGACCGUUUACAGAGGGCAGGAAGCCCGUGCUGGAGUAUACCAGUUCUCACAGCCAUCAUCAGACUUCGCAGUUGUGGAAGCUCCCUUGGACAUCCCAACUCCGAGGGCAGAAGUUGGUGGCUUAGCAUACAUGGACGUGUGCACUGAGCUUGUGCUGGAUGGCACGCAAUCGCGUGAUCACGGCUUUCGUGGUGCCUUCACGUGGGCCCUGAGCUCCACAACUCCAGAGAAGCCAGAACCUCACCUACGCCAGCUUCAGCAGAUCGUGGAAUCGGCGAUGGCCGCCGAAGCCCCUGUGGCAGCACAGGUCAUUCGAAUUCCACCAUACCUCAUGCAAGGCAACACAACGUACAACUUUUCGCUCACGGUGCAAUCCUUUUGGAACCCGGCCUUGUCUGACACAACGUAUUAUAGUGUGGUGGUGUCGCCGCUACCAGUUCCCCCGAUGGUGAUCUAUGGGUCGUAUUCCCGGCAGCUCAAGGUGGAGAACUCAUUGACCCUGGUAUCGGAGAUCUUCUUUGAAGGGUGCGCAGAAGCACUUGGACGUGGUGCAGUCCAGUACGAGUGGAAAGUGUGCAAAAGGAAUGAUACGGUCCCACUGCUGCAAGACAGCAUAGAGGGCUGUCGUACGUGGGGGAGCGGCAUCAACCUCGAAGAAGUAUCGGGAAUCUUCUCCCGGUCGUUGUAUGUUAGACCGCUUGCCUUGCAGCCGCUGGAGACCUACAUCUUUACUGUCCACGCCCAGGUCACAGUCAACAACCUCACAGAGACACUUCAAAACGCAGUGAGCGUAGAAGUAGAAGCGGUACUUGGCGACCUCUUGGUUGAAUACUACGGAGGCAACGGCUUUUCAACUCGCAGGGAUCGUGUGAUCGUUGUGGACUUCUCUGAAUCCCGGGAUUUUUCCGACCCUGCAGGCGAUUUGUCAACUACUACCUACACCUACAGCUGCCAGAAGGAGGGCAGGCAGGAACUGUGA